UUCUUCAAAUCGAGGCAAAGAUUGAAACGCUGAAAAGUUGAGAAAGAAAGAAAACUAAAGCUAGAAGCAUUUUUGUAAAAAUAUCAAAGAUGAAAGAAGUACAAGAGUUCCUCGUUUCCAAGCAGCAGUCAGAUCCAGAGCAUUCAGAGCAAUGGGGGAGAUUUCAGCAACUCUACGACAAAAGGCUUUGGCACGAACUAACUAUUGAAAUAACUGAAUUCUUAAAAGAAGAUUUUUUCAAACAAAAUGGUGGCCUUGUUGAGAUCUAUGAAAAAUUCAUAAAGGACUUUGAGCAUAGGUUGAAUCCUUUGUCCCUAACAGAGAUGAUACUUAUUGUCGCUCAAGAACUAAAAGACCCAGAAGACAAGCUGAAACUUUUUGAAAAAACAAAAGAGCGGGUAAAAAGCAAUGCAGAAGGAAUUGUGUUGUUAUUAACAUCUAUUGGAAGAGUGAAACUUGAGACCAAUCAAAUGGAUGACGUAAAAACUGUAAUAAACGAGGCUCAAGCAAAACUUGACUUGUUUGACAACAUCACCAGUGUUCAUGGAAGAUUUUAUGAUUUGUCUAGCAACUAUUUUAUGAGGGCAGGGUCAUUCAAUAAAUACUAUAGAGAUGCUCUUAGAUAUCUUGGAUGCAUGGAUUUUUCUCAGCUUCCCAAAUCUGAGUUGCAACAAAGAGCUUUCAGCUUGUCUCUCGCUGCAUUACUUGGUGAUGAAGUUUUCAAUUUUGGGGAGUUGCUUGCCCAUGAAGUUUUACGAGCUCUUCAAGGCACCGAGCAAUCUUGGCUUGUAGAUCUCUUAUAUGCCUUUAACUCAGGCGAUAUAAAGAAGUUUAGAGAACUUGAGCCAAAGUGGCAAACUCAGUCCGAUCUUCAGUCGAACCAGCAAAAAUUAGUGGAAAAAAUCACCCUUUUGGCACUGAUGGAGCUGGCGUUUAAAAGGCCUUCGACAGAGAGAACAAUACCAUUUACCACAAUAUCAGAAGCGACAUCUAUGCCUUUAAACGAAGUUGAGUUAAUCGUGAUGAAGGCAUUGUCAUUAGGCCUAGUAAAAGGAUCAAUAGACGAAGUUGACCAAGUUGUAAACAUUACAUGGGUGCAACCAAGGGUGCUGGAUCUUAAUCAGAUCAACAACAUGAACACUGUCCUUGGUUCUUGGUGUGAAAAAGUCAAAUCAUCUGUGCGCAUGGUUGAGAACCAGGUUCCUGAACUUUUAGUGUCAUCCUAACUUGAACAAACUGUUGCCACCUGUCUCGUUUUUCACCCAUUAAUCGUUGUACUCUGGUUUAUCUAGCAUGGAAAUUAUUGUACAUGUGUUUUUUUCUUUUCUCAUAGACAAGAGAUCUUCUCUCAA